AAAUGAGACAGUCUGAGCCGCAAGAACAGGUGAAUGAUUACUGUUGGCCUACUGUUAAUGCCGUCGUCCAAAUAUAUCCCUUAUCUUGGUCCCAUAACAAACAAAUAGUGGAUGUUUUGACGCGAGGAGUCCAAUUAACUUUAAUGGGAGCCCGAAUGAAAGGCGGAGAUACGCAAGAAAAAGUGGUCGACAACUCGCCAAAAACCUGGAAUUAGCAGCAGGUCUACUGACCUGCCAAAGUGUCCUAGGUUGAGCUGAGAGAGGCGCCAUGCUGUCGGGGGAGGAGAUUCUGUGCAGCACGCGGCAAGUGAUAGCGGGCCUUGAGGCGCUGCGAGGUGAGAACCACACCCUCCUGGACAACCUGCAGGAGGUGCUGGAGGGACGGCCGGUGGCCGAGAGUGGCAGUGUGGAGCAGGAGAAGAGUGGCAUCAUCCGCCAGUCUCUGGAGAGGAUAGAGCUGGGCCUGGGAGAGGCACAGGUGAUGAUGGCUCUGUCGGCCCACCUGGGCUCCCUGGAGGCGGAGAAGCAGAAGCUGCGGACCCAGGUACGAAGGCUGUGCCAGGAAAACCAGUGGCUGAGGGACGAGCUGGCCGGGGCCCAGCAGAGGCUGCAGGACAGGGAGCAGGUGGUGGUCACGCUGGAGGAGCAGAACAGACACCUGCAGUUCAUGAGCAGCAUCCGCAAGUACGACCAGGAGUCGCCCCCACCGGAUGACAAAGAGACGGGCUCCACCAAUGAGUCCCUAGAUGACCUUUUUCCCACGGAUGAGGAGGAACAGUCACAGAUAUCUCAGCCUCACGGUAGUAGUGCGGCAGCAGCGGCCCAGCAGGGCGGCUAUGAGAUCCCGGCCCGCCUGAGGACCCUUCAUAACCUGGUAAUCCAGUACGCCUCCCAGGGCCGCUACGAGGUGGCUGUGCCCCUUUGCAAACAGGCCCUGGAGGACCUGGAGAAGUCCUCAGGCCACAGCCACCCUGACGUGGCCACCAUGCUCAACAUCUUGGCUCUGGUCUACAGAGACCAGAACAAGUACAAAGAGGCGGCUAACCUCCUGAAUGACGCGUUGGCCAUUCGGGAGAAGACCCUGGGCAUAGAUCACCCUGCGGUGGCAGCCACACUCAACAACCUUGCUGUCCUGUAUGGAAAGAGAGGGAAGUACAAAGAGGCUGAGCCACUGUGUAAGAGAGCCCUGGAUAUCAGAGAGAAGGUGUUAGGCACGGACCACCCUGACGUGGCAAAGCAGCUGAACAACCUGGCGCUGCUGUGUCAGAACCAGGGCAAGUACCAGGAAGUGGAGCAGUACUACGAGCGUGCCCUGCACAUCUACCAGAGCAGACUGGGCCCCGACGAUGCCAACGUGGCCAAGACCAAGAAUAACCUGGCUUCAUGUUACCUGAAACAAGGGAAGUACAGACAAGCUGAGGCUCUGUAUAAAGAGAUCCUGACCCGGGCCCAUGAAAAAGAGUUUGGAUCUGUGGAUGGUGAGGUGCGGGACACCUGGACCCACACGGAAGAGGAGGGCUCCAUGCAGGAUGGGCUGGGCAGUCUGAAGCGCAGCGGCUCAUUCACCAAGCUCCGCGAGUCGAUACGGAGGAGCAGUGAGAAGCUGGUCAGGAAGCUGAAAGGAGUUGGACCUCAGGAUACCACCCCUCCGACUCCUGGGAUGAAAAGGGCUAAUUCUCUGAAUGUGCUGAAUGUGGGUGCGAGGGAGCGUCAAGAAGCAGCAAGUAACCCCUGCAGCCUGACAGAGAACCGAACCCUGAGCUCCAGCACCCAGAGUCUGGCACGGCGAGGAUCCCUCAGCUCUGCACACUACACCUCUGAACACUAGCGCCCCCCC